CGCUUUUAUUCUCUGGGAGGAAUAAACUGUUUUAUUUCCCAGGAAAUCCCGCGGGGGUGGGAUGGAUCACCUGCAGAGCGACAAACGUUUUAGAAUCCAGGGAGAGAAGGGCGAACACCCCGGCCGCUCCGCCCGGAGCCUCGCGGGACUGUUGCCCUCAUGCUCAACGGCUAUUCCACAGUCCCCUGGUAGCUCCACACCCUCCACACCUUUCAGCUUUAUUGAGAAUCAGAGGAGGGGUUUGUUAUACCAGGGAACAGAGUUUAACAGGUGGGGUGUAGCUCUCCUCCCCGGCUCAGCCCUGCGCUCCUCGAGCUUUUCCUUUACCCAGGCCAAACUUUCACUCUGAGGUCAAGUGAAGUCAAGAAGAAGUCAAAAGAAGUUUUGCCUGGGAUUUAAGGAGGAGGCUCCAUAGCAGUAAAGUUAGAAAUCUGAAACAAUGGGUGACUGGAGCUUUCUGGGGAGACUGUUAGAGAAUGCGCAGGAACACUCCACGGUUAUUGGCAAGGUUUGGCUGACAGUACUGUUUAUCUUCAGGAUACUGGUGCUGGGGGCUGCUGCUGAGGAGGUCUGGGGAGACGAGCAGUCGGACUUUACAUGCAACACUCAGCAACCUGGUUGUGAAAAUGUUUGCUAUGACAAAGCCUUCCCCAUUUCUCACAUCCGCUUCUGGGUCCUGCAGAUCAUUUUUGUCUCCACUCCAACCCUCAUUUACCUGGGCCAUGUCCUGCACAUUGUACGCAUGGAGGAGAAGAGGAAAGAGAAAGAAGAGAUGAAAAAGAAAGGAAGCAGCAAAGAUGGAAACUACGCAGUAGCAGCAGCAGCAUCUGGCAGUGGUGGCGGAGGAGGCAGCAAUAACAUCAAGGAUCCUGUAGGCAAAAGGGGGAAAGAGAAGCUCCCAAUCCGUGAUGAACGUGGUAGAAUCCGUAUGGGGGGUGCCUUGCUCCGUACCUAUGUCUUCAACAUCAUAUUCAAGACCCUGUUCGAGGUGGGCUUCAUUGUGGGCCAGUAUUUCCUGUAUGGCUUUGAGCUAAAACCAGUCUACCAGUGCAGCCGCUCACCUUGUCCGCACACUGUCGACUGCUUCAUCUCAAGGCCCACUGAGAAGACCAUCUUCAUAAUCUUCAUGUUGGUGGUGGCCUCAGUCUCCUUGCUGCUGAACAUGCUUGAGAUAUAUCACUUGGGGUGGAAGAAGCUUAAGCAGGGCAUGACAAACCAGUACAUCCUUGAGAUGCCUGUUGCAACAAUGACACCAGUUAUGGUAACAGGGGAGUCCAAACCCGUUUCCCUGCCACCACCAGCACCACCCGUCGUGGUAACGACUGCCACGCCGCCCCCUGUUCUGCCUGACACCCGUGCUGUCACACCACUGCUGGCCCCAGUCACCAUGGCAUCAUACUAUGCUACAGCAGCUCCAAGACCACGGCCCCCCUCCAACACAACCUCCAUGGCAAGCUACCCUGUUGCUCCACCAGUUCCCGAGGAGAGACACUGUGCUGUGACUCCCACGCCCAUCUCCACUCCUGUCACCAUCCCAACCCCCAUUCCCACACCCACCCCAGCUGUCGUGAGCUACUUCAACAGCAGCAACCGUGCCCUGACAUCCGAGCAGAACUGGGUCAACAUGGCAGCGGAGCAGCAGGGGAAGGUUUCCUCCAGCUCAGCAGGCUCCUCUACCCCGAGCAGUGUCCGGCAUCACCUUCCCGAGCAAGAAGAGCCACUGGAGCAGCUACUCCCACCCCCAGCCGUGCUGCCCAUUGCUGCAGGCAACAGCGGCAGCAGCACCAGCCUGAGCGGGGCAAGCGGCACUAAGUGGGAUGUGGAGGGCGAGGAGGAGCUGUCAGGGGCACGGCCCGUGCCGGCCGCCUGCACCACUGUGGAGAUGCACGAGCCACCCCUGUUCGUAGACACGCGGCGCCUGAGCAGGGCCAGUGAAGCUCGGGGGGAGAAAUGUAACUCUAUUGCAACCCCUAAGAGAAGUCUGAGAGAGCAGCCUCUGCAUCCAAGCAGUACUGGUCUGAGAAAGCAAAGCUACAACUCACAGGUUGCGCUUUUAAGAUCAGCUUAAGUUCCAUCACGUAACUAUGCAGCGUCAAGCCUCUUCAUUACCUACAGUUUCAUUUGGAGUCCAGUAACUGUUUCUUCAUUUAAGCCCAGGUAACUGUUUUGGCAGAAUUCCUCCUUAGUGCUUACAACUGCUUUUAGUUGCCACAUCGCAUCUGGGUUCAGAUUUGUUGAAAGAAAAAUCUUGCUGGUGUGGCCAAUUUUGAGCACUCUAAUCUUUACUCGUGAAUGAACACUGAAUUCAAUAUCGUAUCAGUCAAGUAUAACGAUGGAGAAUUCCACAGUUCUAGGAAGUACAUACAAACACUCACUAAAUUGCAGAACAGAGUCUGUUGGUAAAAACUAUCUGCUAGUUUCCAAGUAAUUUACUCUUUCACAUCAAUUAAUUACAGAGUCUCAUGGGAACUGGUAGCAAGUGAUAUUUUGAUUUAGCCCGGUCAUACGGCUGUUCAAUCCACAAUCCUGAAAGACCUUAGAUGUACAGCUGAAACCUUUAGGUAAGUUACUGCAAAAGCAGAAGUCAGAUCAGAAUCAUGCUUGAUAUUAAGCAAACUGAAAAAAACUCCACUCAUUUUUGCUCUUUGAGUAAAAUAAUUGUGGGAAAACUUGUUGUCUCUCUUACUUGAAGUUAAAAAAUAUGCUGAGGUGAACUAUGGAAAAGAAAACUGAAAAAAAAUACUCUUUGAACAAGUUACCAGGUGUAUAAUGUACUACUCUUUUUGCAGUAUAUUUGUCAUUCAUCAAGGCACUUAGAGCUAAUUAAAUGUCUGACAUUUUGCAGCUCGAGAUUAUUUUCUGGUAUGAAUACGUAAGUGUAGCAUCAGCGAAAUAAUUAAAGCAAGCUUUAAAAACCAGAUCAAUACUUAGGUCCUUUUUUGGUUAGGCAUGGGACCACCUCCUCAGCUGCUACAAAGCUGUU